AUGAGCUUUUUACCCAGCGGUUCUAACCCGGAAACAAGCUCUUUUACAUGCAAUACUUGCAAUAUCCGGUUUAUAGAUGCAGAAUUUCAGAGACAGCACAUGAAAACUGAUUGGCAUAGAUACAAUUUAAAAAGAAGAGUCGCUCAAUUACCAUCCAUCACUUCAGAUGUCUUUGCUGAAAAAGUACUUUGCAAAGACAUAAAUCCAAACGAAAAUAACGAAAAUGAGGAUGAGCAUGGGUUUUGCGUUGCUAAAAGGAAGAAGAAGAACAAUUCCAAAAGAAUACUACCUCACAGUGGUCAGUUAAGCCAAGACUCAAGAGGUAGAUUCAGAAUGCGACAAAGUGCUGCUACUGUAGCCACUUCUGAAAUGAAAGACUAUCGGGAAAGGAGUGCGAGCCCUGCACACUCUGUGUCUUCAGAAUUAUCUCAGUUUUCAUUAAAUGAAAUCCCACACGGGUUUGUUGAACUAGAAUCUGUUCACACAGGCUCAGAAUUGGACUAUGUGGAAUCUUCCGAUUUCCGGGAUUUGGACCUGGACGAAGAAGAAAUUUCGGCAGUGGCUAGUAACGAUAUGGGAGAGGAGGAAGAAGUAGAAGUAGAAGAAGAAGGAGAAGAAGGAGAAGACGAUGCUCAAGCUAUCUCAAUCACAUCUUGCUUCUAUUGUGGAGCAAACAAUUAUGAAAUAGAGAACAAUAUCAAACACAUGUUUAAAAGACAUGGUCUAUAUAUCCCUGAGAGGUCAUACUUGGUCAAUGUUGAGGGAUUAUUGGUUUUCUUGCGAGAUAUGGUAUCUAAUCAUAAAUGUCUCGUGUGUGACUUUCAAGGUCGCAAUAUAGAAAGUUUGAGACAACAUAUAUAUGGCAAGGGUCAUUGCAAGAUCCCAUAUGAAACGAAAGAACAAAAACUCGCCAUAUGCGAGUUUUACAAUUUUGACAUUGGUAGUAAAGAGCCUAGUCGUAGGGUUAGGGGUGGAGGAGAUGGAAAGGGAAAGGGAGUUAGCUUUAAAGAAGAACUUACAUCUUCAGAAGAAAUAACAGAAAUUGACAAAAAUUCUAGUGCUGAACUAGACAGCGCCAAUGACCUACGAAAUGGUAUUACCAAUAAUUAUACUUCCGUUCAAAUAGAUCCUUCAGGGGUAGAGCUAACUACGCCUGUGGGUUCAAGAAUUGGUCACAGAAGUAUGCAAAGAUACUAUCGUCAAAAUAUUGCACUCUCGGUUGUUUUAAAUGAGGAAGGAAGGAGAACUCAAGCCUUAGUUGAUAGAAGAUUCGCGCCUGGUCUUUCCAUGAAACAAACCACAAAACAAGAAAAGGAGGUGCGCAGACUCGAGCAUAAGCUUGAGAAUGAAUAUACCAGGAAAAUGAAGAAUAAGAAAAUAAAUUACCAAAGAUAUUUUAGAGAUGAAAUUUUAGGAACUUGA